UAAUAAUUUGACAACAAAACGCAAAUUCAGUCAGUUGUCAAAAAAGGCCAAAAAUGGCUGAGGCUUGUCAAGUGGCUCGUAAACAAGAUUUGCCUCCCCCUGGGGGCUAUAAACCCAUACCGUACAAGAGAAUACCAGCAAAACAAUUCUUCAGCGGAUAUGCUAUGAUAGCAGGCUACCUCGGUAUCACCGCGGGCGCUGCAUACCUCUACUACCAGAACAUGAAGAUGGUUCAGAAGCACGAGAUUGAGAUGCGUUCAUCCAAGAUGGCCAUCUACCCGAUGCUCCUGGCGGAGCGGGAUCGGGAGUACAUGAAGCAGCUGCGCAGGAACCGCGACGCGGAGGCCGAGCUCAUGCGCGACGUGCCCGGCUGGGAGGUGGGCACAUGGUACGGUGAGCGAGUGUACAAGAAUGAGCCAGAAGACAAGUUCAUUGAGCCGAUCUUCCAUGAGUACUAUGUACACACCGACCCCCAUGAAUGGUUCAAGCGGGCGCAUGUCAAGCUACGCUCAUAAAUGCCCACUACUGCAGUGAUUCUUGCUGUAACAGACCUGUCCCAUCUGCUGGAUGACUCGAGGAUGUAAGAAUUGCUGGCUGAACUAGAAUGAUUCUAUGAAGCAUGUAUAGUAUGUGUUCAUUUAUGUUCGUCAACACAUUUAACAUCAUGGUUUAAUUUAAUGUAGAUAUGUUUAAAUAAAUGGUCUUGAGAGGCAA